ACAACUGACAUUAUGUUGUGAACACGUCAAAAAUAUCAACAUUUAUGAUUUCUAAUCAUUAACCAUUUUUAAAUUCGAAUUAAAGGAACUUUCAAAUCGAAUUCAUAAAAUAUAAUUGAAAUGGGAGAUUUUUUAAACUCCAACCAAUCUGAAUUUUAUUGGAGCCAACAAAAUCCUACUCCAACAACCAGUCAAACUUACUAUGAGCAAGAUUAUAGUCAAUUUGGAAAUCAACAAUUGGAGUUCAAUUCAAAUAACGAAUAUGGUGAUCAAAAUUUUGCCAACUAUCCAACUCAAAUGUUGUUACCAGAACAAUUUGACCAGACAGUAAAAGGAACUGAUGAAUUCGAUGAACCACCUCUAUUGGAAGAAUUGGAGAUUUAUCCUGAUCGUAUUGUAGAGAAAGUGUUAGCUGUCUUGAACCCUUUGAGGGGUCACAGCUUGGCUGAUGAUGCUGAAUAUUUAACUAAAGAAUCUGACCUGGCCGGAUGUCUGAGAAUUUUUAUAUUUGGUUAUAGUUUCAACUUGGAAAAACUCCUUUUCGCAGAUUAA